AUGGCAGAUGACGAAGGUGAAGCAGUAGAAAAGAAGCUGAAGCAGGAGAAGAAGAAGAAGAAGAAGAAGAAAGAGAGAGAGAGAAAGAGAACGAGUCGAAACCCUGGACGUCGUCAGGCAUCGCGGGGCAUCACGUUGUUUCUGCUGGCCGCAACCUCAACCUCCUUUUUCCCGCCACCCCAAAUAGCUAUGAUAAUUAAUUAA